AUGGUGAAGCAGUCGGACCGAGCCCCGCUGCUGGACUGGGAGGAGAUCCCCCCGCCGCCCGACCCCAGCCAGGCGGGCCCGCUGCAGCCGCCGCCGCUGACGGAGGACGCUCCGGCGGGGAAAAGUUCGCAGGCACCCGGUGGGACCGCGCCCGGUUCUGGGUGGGGCACCACAACAAAAGCCAAGGUCUGCAGCCCGUCCAAGGCGGUCACAGCUGUUGUUGCCAGCAGGGUCCGGAGCCCGGGCCGCCCGCUGACAGAUCCCCGCGGGCCGGGGUGGACUCGUCCGGAGCCUCUGGGAACGGAUCAUCGUGUUCUCUUCCCCGGCCUCUCGGUGAGGGAUCAGUGGGAGGAGAAGGACCAGAUCGUGGCUGUGUUCGUGGUCACGUUUGAUACGAGAUCAGGGAACAUGGUGGAGUGGUGCCUGCCUCACGACGUCAACCUUGACGGAGUGGAAUUCAAGUCGAUGGCCAGUGGCUCUCACCGGAUCAACAGUGACUUCAUUUAUUUCCGUAAAGGCGUUUACUUCGGCCUGGCCUGCUUCGCCAACAUGCCUGUGGAGAGCGAGCUGGAGAGGGGGGCGAGGAUGAAGUCCGUGGGGAUCCUGUCUCCGUCCUACACCCUGCUCUACCGCUACAUGCACUUCCUGGAGAACCAAGUCCGACUCCAGUUGAAGUGUCCAGGCCAGUACUCUCCACUGGAGGCCUUCUACGAGGACAAGAAGGCCGUCCUUCCCCCGACAGGAAAUGGCCUGGUCACCGCUUGUCCGACCUGGAGUGUCACCACCAUCAACCGCUGCAUGCACCCGGAAAUGAAGAUCACCCACCCUGCGGGCUGCAUGUCCCAGUUCACCCAGUUCUUCGGGGAGCAGAUCAUGGUGCUGUGGAAGUUUGCGUUGCUGAGGAAACGUCUCCUCCUCUUCUCCCCUCCGCCUGUAGGUGUGGUCUGCUACAGGGUUUACUGCCUUUGCUGCCUGGCCAACGUGUCUCUACCCGGAGUCGGCGUCUCUGUUCCUGAGUUGCGUCCGUUCUUCUACAUCAACAUAGCCGACAUCCCCACACUGGAAACAGAGAUGUCAUAUGUGGCCUGUACCACAGAGAAGAUCUUCGAGGAGAAGAAGGAGCUGUACGACGUCUACAUCGAUAACCAGAAUGUGAAAACACACAGGCCCCACUUGCAGCCGCUGCUCCGGCUGAACGCGGCGGACAAGGAGAAGUACCGGAAACUGAGUGAGCAGAGACAACUGCUGCUGUACUCGCAGGAGGUGGACGGAGACUGCACGUCUAACGAGGAGGAUCUUUUCAUCCUAUUCUUCAUGGAGCUGAACAACCGCAUCUUCCAGACGCUGUCCGAGGUGGCAGGGAGCUCCGACCCCACCCUGACCGCUGAUCACGUGAGAGCCAUGGGGCUGGAUCCCCAGUGUGACCGCUCCUUCCUGGUCGACCUGCUGGAGGUGUACGGUAUCGACGUCGCCCUGGUCAUAGACAACCUCUGCUGCUCCUGAGCCCCCCCCCCCCCCCCCUUCUCCUCACUCAGCCUGGGAAUCUCAGGACGUCACUGGAUUAUCUGUGCCUUCAAGGCCCACGCACACCCAGACACUGAAGAACACUGCCUCCACCCUGGGGCUUCAUCUGUCGCCUGCUGUCCUCUGCUGGGUGUGUGUUCCCCCCCCCCCCCCCCCC